CAGGCUGAAAAGUGGGACACGCUGGUUGUAGGUUAAACCACGAACCAUGGUGGACGUCAAAUUCAUAUAUGGCGUAUUGGCCAUUUUGUACGUGUCAAAUACCGUUACGGGAAAACCUCCGAAUAUUGUCUUCAUAUUGACAGAUGACCAAGAUUCUGAGAUCGGUGGAAUGACGCCCAUGGUGAAAACGAAGAGGCUCAUAGCAAAUAAAGGAAUGACAUUUGAAAACAUGUUUGUGGGAACACCGGUGUGCUGUCCCAGCAGAUCAAGUAUUUUCACAGGGAAGUAUUUGCAUAAUCACCUGGCAAUAAACAACAGCGUAGAGGGAAACUGCAGCAGCCCCGACUUUCAAAGAACACAGGAAAUCAACGCAUUCCCUGUCUUCAUGAAGCAGCAAGGUUAUUCCACUUUCUUCGCUGGAAAAUACCUCAAUGAUUAUGGUGAGGAUAAUACGGGUGGAGUGCAGCAUGUACCCCCAGGAUGGGACUCGUGGGUCGGCCUGGUUGGCAACUCUGUCUAUUACAACUACAACCUGUCAAUCAACGGAACUAGGGAGACUCAUGGUUCCAAUUACACUAAGGACUAUCUGACGGAUGUGAUCCAUAGGCGCGGCAUGGAGUUUCUAGGCAACCAGAAUGACGACAAACCCUUCUUUAUGAUGCUGUCCACCCCGGCAUGCCACGAGCCCUGGACGUCUGCACCCCAAUACAAGGAUCUCUUCUCGGACGUUGUGGCACAGAGAACAGGAUCUUACAACACUCAUGGCAAGGACAAGCACUGGCUCAUUGAUCAAGCAAUAACGCCAAUCCCUAACGAUACUGCUACGUAUAUUGAUGGUAUAUAUAGAAACAGAUGGCGUACUCUGAUGUCCGUUGACGAUAUGGUGGAAGAUGUUGUCAGCACGUUGUUGAAGAAGUUCAGCCUUGACAACACGUACAUAUUCUUCUCCUCUGAUAAUGGAUAUCAUAUAGGUCAGUUUUCAAUGCCGAUGGACAAGCGAAACCUUUAUGAGUUUGAUGUUCGAGUGCCACUGCUAGUUCGAGGUCCCGGGAUACGCCCCCGCUCAGUCAACAAGGACAAUGUGUUAAACAUCGACUUUGCUGCGACUUUCAUGGACCUGGCCGGAGCGACGAUCCCCGACUACAUCGACGGCAUGUCCAUCGUGCCACUGCUUCACGACAAUGCCAAGGAGCCGUUCAGGAUUCAUUUUCUCACCGAGUAUCACGGAGAAUCCAUUCAAACAAACCCCGGUUGUGCUCAGUACGACAAUCAAGGCAUUGCCUAUUGCCACACCUAUGCCCACUGUCAGUGCGAGGACGCUUGGAACAACACCUUUACCUGCGUCAGAUACAACGACGGCCAUCAACAUUAUAAAUACUGUGAGAUCGCCGACAACGACAACUUUGUUGAGAUGUACGAUCUCGAGAGAGACCCCUACGAGUUCAUGAACAUUGCCAAGACUGCCGACCCUGACCUUGUCAACCAGCUCAAGUCAAAUCUCGCCCAACUCUCGCAAUGUGUCGGGCCAUCGUGUCAUGGGAAUACAAAGCUACUUAAACCUAAUUUACUUAUUUAAUUUGAGAGAUGUCGAAUUUAAACAUUCAUUAAAUAUAUCAUACGUCUUU